AAUUGAAAAGCUGUUAUGUUCUGGAUACAUACGGGUGGUUUUUCUUUUGGUUCCGGAAAUGAUGACCGGGUUGGUCCCGAUUAUCUUGUGCAGAAAGAUAUUGUUCUAGUAACAAUAAAUUACCGUCUCAAUAUAUUCGUUUUUCUUAAUUUGGAUGAUGAAGAGGCAGCUGGUAACCAGGGAUUAAAAGAUCCAGUAAUUGCUUUAAAAUAGGUACAACAGAAUAUUGAUAAAUUUGGUGGUGAUCCCUAUCAUGUUAAAAUUUUUGGUGAAAGUGCUGGAGCUGCUUCGGUUCAUUAUUUGACUCUGUCUCCUCUAGCUCAAGGAUUAUUUACUAAAGCCAUCCUACAAAGUGGGGUGGUGACAAAUCCAUGGGCAAGGCAAUCACAUUCCAUGAAAUUACUAACGAAAGUUGCAAAGGAAUUGGGCAAAUCAAUUACUGACACGAAAAAACUUACAGAAUAUUUGCGAAGCGUCGACGCCCACAGUAUAGUCCAGGCAAUAGAGAAAAAACUCCAAUGAGCGCUAUUUACUUUGAUUAUUUUAUAGAAUAAUUUCGUUCGGAGAAAUGAGUUUGUCCAAUCAGUUGAUUCAAAAUCAAAGAAUCCUUUUUUAAAUAUUCCGAUCAUUGAAGCCGUUAAGUAUGGAAUCAAAGUACCUCAUAUCAUUGGUUUUACUGGUAAUGAGUCUCUCAUUACUAUUGCAGAACUGAAGGACGAAGACUAUACCGACGUAGAAGCUAAUCAAAACACACUGCUUAUUCAGCCAAAUGAAAAGCAAUUUUUACAAGAGCGAAAUGUAUCUGUGGGUGAUGUAAAGAAAUUUUUUGUGGGUGACAAUGAAAUUAGUCGAGAAAAUGCUCAACAGUUUGUAGAAUUAGUAAGCGCUGAACGUUUUACAAUUAAUAUCCAUGAUGUAGUAGAAAUUCAAUUUUCAAUACCUGAUAUACCGACAUAUUUUUAUAAGUUCAAUCACUACUCAAAAGAAACUGCAGUAGUCCAAAAAUUGGUGAACACAGAUUUAGAAGUAAACAAAGGAAUGAAGUCAGAAUUACCAAUGAUGAAUUUUACGAUCUUAAUUAUUAUUAUUAUUAUUAUUAUUCAAUCAGUAUUGUCAGUUGAUAAUAGCGAAACAAAUAGAUAUGUCGUAAACGUGCAGCAGGGUGAGUUGCAGGGUGUUAAAGAAAAAAAUAUCGAUGGAAGUAAUUAUAUUUACGCUUUUCGUGGCAUUCCAUAUGCUAAGCCACCCAUAGGAGAACUGAGAUUUAAGGAUCCAGAACCAAUAGAAGCGUGGUCGGGUGUAAAAGAUGCUAAAGAGUUCGGAGAUGUGUGUGCACAAUAUGAUCUUAUGUCAAAACAAUUAAUGGGAAGUGAUGAUUGUCUCUACAUGAAUGUCUAUGCAACCGAUUUGAAUCCUGAUACACCACGAGCUGUAAUGGUUUGGAUGCAUAGUGGUGGAUUUUUGUGGGGUUCCGGAAAUGAUGAUUCUUAUGGACCAGACUAUUUGCUUGAGGAAGAUAUUGUUUUAGUUACAUUAAAUUACCGUCUUGGAAUCUUAGGUUUUCUCAAUUUAAAUGAUGAAGCAGCACCAGGUAAUCAGGGAUUGAAAGAUCAAGUGAUGGCUUUGAAAUGGGUACAACAAAAUAUCGAUAAGUUCGGCGGGGAUCCAAAUUGUGUUACAAUUUUUGGAAAUAGCGCUGGGUCUUCUUCCGUUCAUUAUAUAACUUUAUCUCCUCUGGCUGAAGGGUUAUUUCAUAGAGCUAUUUUACAAAGUGGAGUCGCAACGGAAUCAUGGGCAAGGCCAUCGCAAUCUAUGAAAGACGUAGCGGAAAAAGUCGCUGAAAAAUUAGGAAACAAUAUUAGUGAUACCAAAAAACUAAUUGAGUAUUUACGGAGCGUUGACGCAAUUAGUUUAGCUGACACAGUUGAAUCAUUAACAGCUGGCCAGUUUUCCUACCUCCGCAAUUAUGUUUUUGUACCGUCAGUAGACUUAAAAUCGAAAAACCCAUUUCUAGCUAUUCCUGUAGAAGAAGCUGCUAAGUCUGGAAUUCAAGUUCCCAGCAUUAUCGGCUGUAUGGCUCAGGAAGGUGUUUUCCUUAUUGCAGACAUGGACAAUAAGGAUUAUGCUAAAAUAGAAGCCCAUCAAGACACGAAACUAAUACAGGAAAAUCAAAGACAAUAUUUGCGAGAGCACAAUGUCUCUGUGAGUGACUUUAAGAGAUUUUUCAUGGGUGAUAACGAAAUUAGUCGAGAAAAUGCUCAAAAAUUUGUAGAUUUAGUUACUGCAGAGUUUUUCACGAUUAACAUGUAUGACACCUUGGAAAUUCAAUCAACGAUAACGAGUGUGCCGACAUACUUUUAUAAAUUUGAUCAUUACUCAAAGGAAACUGCAGUAGCUCAAAAACUCUUCGCCACAGAUUUAGAAGGUGCAGCUCAUACUGAAGAGCUGUAUUAUCUUUUUAAUGCUAAAAGAUUGGAAGUACGUAAAAUUGAGCAACCUAGUUCUUUUCCCACUGAACAUGAUAUUCAACAAAGUAUGAUUGAAUUGUGGACUAAUUUUGCUAAAACUGGAAAUCCAAAUUGCGGAUCAUCGAUUUCUAUGUCUAUCGAAUGGCUGCCAGUUGAUGACUCAAUUGAAUACAACUGUCUGAAAAUUUCUGAUGAUUUCAGUUUAGUUAGAGAACGAAAUCUUUUGCGUCAAAUACAAGAAAGUUCCCAAAAAGGGGAAUAA